AUGGCAAACAUUUCUGGUAAGAGUACAGAGAAGAAAGCGUCAGAGCAUCUGGAUAGACCUUCUGCUCAGACACCAAAAGGAAUCUGCUUCAUUUCGCAUGUGAGAUCGCCACCAGGUGAUACCAGUAAGCAUAAACAAGCUGUUCCACAUCUUAAAGGAGACAAUAGUGACAAAGUCAGCUAUAGCAUGACUAGGAACCUUGAAGACAGCAUUCAGAAGUCGAAUGACCUAGCCAAGGGUGCACCUUCAAAGAUGCCAAGGGGAAUAAACUUUCUGUUGUUUGGCAAACGUCCUUUGGAUGAGUCUCUUAAUAGGGAUUAUGGGGUCAGUGAAUCAUUGUUAGGGCAGGUAAGUAAAAGCAAGUUAGUUGACUCGCCUUUGAAAAGUGAAGUUCGCGUCAAAAUUGACAAUCAAGCUGCCCAAAGCAGUGCGGACUUAGAGUUAAAAGUGAAUAAAACAGCAAACAUAGUUUCACCUUCGUCCAUGCCUCAGGCCAUGAAGUUUCUUUCAUAUGGAAAAACUCCAGUAGACAAUCCUACGGCUAUUAGCCAACGUGACACGCUUCGCAGCAUUGUUAACGUGGGUCUGCCAUUGGUCCAACGGAAGGAAUAUGCACUUGAUGGACUCAAAUUCUUCCCUGCAAUGCCGCAAAGGUCAGCAUCUUCUUCCCAGCCAUUCGAUCAAUCAUUGGAUCAACCAAGCACUGGAGGAAUGUCAAGCUUUUCAAAGACAUCACUCCUGCUGAAUGCACCAACCUCGGUACAGAAAGCCCUCCGGUCAACCUUGGCAUUUGCAGCUAAGUUGGAUUCUGAAAUUAAGUUGAACCAGUCUCUCGAUACCCCGUCUGACAUCAACAAAAUAUGAUAGGUCAACGUUCAGAGGAUAAAUUGUUGGAAGCCUCUGAGACUCUGGACUUAAUGCUGAAUUGCAUCAGUCACUGAACAGUGAAUUGAGGACAACCAGUCAAAUGCAACUUCAAUUUAUGCAUAAUUCUCUGCACAGAUUACUGGUUUUUGCAGUUAUUCCUGCAGUAAAAAUGUUCAAUUGUUUCCAGAGAGCUGCUGCUCUAUUUAGUCUCCAAGGAUUUUGGCGGUUUGUAGCACUAAGCUGCAAGCUACUCAAAAUGAGAGCUGACCUCUCUCCUCUGUUGUGUUACUUGGUGAAACUACAGGUUGUUUGUUUCUUGAUAUGGCUGCUUGAUGAUGCUUUCUCAUAUUGCACAAACGAACAAUUUCCCAACCUGCAGGGCGAGCCAAUGCUGAGGUGCAAAUGAAGGCCAAAGACAACUGUGCUCAGCAGCUUUGUUGAAUCAAGCCAGCUGAUGAAUCAAAUGUUUGAAGUCUUGGUAAAUGGUAGGAAACUAAGAGGACAAGCAGGUUUCGGGUGAAAGAUUGCAAAUAUCUCAAAGAAUUCCAUGAUGCGGGGGAAGAAUACUGAUAUUAAGAAGUUUGCCAUGAGUUAACGUGUUCUCUGCUUUUCCUUGGCCCCAAUGACGUCUCUAAUGGAUCAAUACGCGGCUCAACGUUUUGAGGUUCACCAGCCUAUUUGCACCUUUGAGGAUUAAUGGUACAUUAAGCUUGGCUGCUGAACCCAUAUGCAAUAUUGACCGUUAAAUGAUUUCACUAGAUGAUGUUUCAGACUUGAGGAUGAUACUCUGAUAGGAACUUUAUAUUAUACUCGCCUUGUAAAUUCGUAGCAGAAGAAGAUGCUUGCCUCUGCCAUUCCGGAUUCCCAUUUGGGCAAAGAGCAUUUUGACAUGGACAGACGAGAUACAUAUAUUUUAUUCUCCAAGAAAAGAGAGAUAUAUUUUAGAGUGAAUUUCCUUUUA